AUAAAACCCAAAAAUUAAACUGAUAAAAUUGAAUGCUUAUCCUGUAAUAUCACCUACUCAAUAUACGACAAACUUUUCUCCUCAAUUGAUCUCAAUGAAGAACAUUGCGUCGUUUGUAAGUCCUAUAGGUGCUUCUAUCAAAUCUAGCACCACUACACAAAGCAUGUCAUCCAUGGAACGCCUUGUUAUUGAACUCAGCAAUCCUGAUCUCAGGGAAAAUGCUCUUCGUGUUCUCUCCAAGUUUCAAAGGAUCAGGUUAUUUCCAGAACUUGCUCCUUUAUUAUGGAAUUCUUAUGGUACUAUUGCAAUACUUGUACAGGAAAUAACUUCAAUAUAUCCUACUAUCCAACUGUUGAAUCUUACUCAGACACAAUCAACUCGAGUGUGCAAUGUUCUGGCACUACUUCAGUGUGUGGCAUCUCACCCUGAUACAAAAAUGUCAUUUCUCAAUGCUAGCAUGCCUUUAUAUUUUUAUCCAUUCCUUCAAACAACAAGCGAGUUAGCCCAAUUUGAGCAUUUAAGACUUGCUAGUCUUGGAGUCAUCGGUGCGUUGGUGAAGUCACAGGUUAACACCAAAGAAAGCAUAGAUUUUCUUCUUAGAAGUGAGAUAAUUCCACUAUGCCUAUGCAAUAUGGAAAUCGGCAAAGAAUUAUCCAAAACUGUUGCAACAUUUAUAAUUCAAAAAAUUAUGUCAAAUGAUGAUGGUUUGAUUUAUAUUUGUGGAACAGCAGAACGUUUUUUUGCAGUAGUUCAAGUUUUUAACAUGGUAUUGGAAAGUGUUGGCAAUCAACCUUCACAUCGAUUGAUGAAACUUCUGAUUCCAUGUUAUUCUCUUUUGUCUCAACAUCAUAGGGCUUGCAAUGCAUUAAAAAGGCGACUUCCAAAUAUGCUGAAAACUGUCAAUACCGUCAAUUGCCUUCGCGAAGAUGAAAUAACUUGGAGUUGGGUAAUGAAGUUGCAUGAAAAUAUUGGGGUGAACCAGGUUCCCUUAGUACCAGGUGGUGGGAAUCAAUGAUAUUGCAAGGUCAUGCUUAUCUUUUUAUUUGAGAACUUGAUUUAAGUUAAUAAUUGCUUAUGUAUUAAGUUGUAAUAUUUACUUUGUGUUUAAACAUGUUACUAGGUUGUUUUAACAAAUUUGAAUGUAUUAUUAAUUAUGGGAUUCUUUUGUUUUAA